AACAACAACAACAACAACAACAACCAUGGCCAACACGACGGCAAGUGCAAAUGGGACUACAACACAAGCAACUGCAUCUCCGAAAGCUGGCAGCAAGCCAACUAAAGGUUCUCUGUCCCCGGUUACGAUUGCGGUUACAGUGGUUGCCGUUGUUGCUGUUGGUAUUGCAGCCAUGUUCUACUACCGCUACCGUCGCAUCACCAGGAGCGGGUGGCGCCACUCCACACUGGUUAACGACGUCUGGCGUGCGCCCGUUGAUGUCAGUGGGGAUACGCAGCUCAACUCUGAAGUGCUCAGGCUCGACGAUAACGACGAUGCCCGCUUUGAUCUUGGUGGUGACUCCUCCCUGUAG